UGACGGAAACGCCGACGACGAGCAGCAGGACGUAAAUAGAAACCGCGGUGAGGCCACGCCUGCUACAGGAGAGCAGGAAGCAGGAGCAACAGGAUCAGGACAGCAAGGUUCAUCAAUAUUGGUGAAGAUUGGCAGCCGCUCUAGUGGUGCAGCCAGUUCGUCUAGGUCAUCGG